AUGUUGUCGUCGCUAAUCAUAGUCCCACGGACAAAGAUAGAAGCGCAGGCUCUACAUGCCACUAAUUCACUGUCUCCGCCUUCCGCCAGAUGCAACAAGAUGUCCUCCACCAUUCCUAUCAUUUCCCUCAUGAUGUUACAGGGAUCUGUAACACCUACUAGAGCCCCAGCUCUCCCUACACCUGCCCCCGCUCUGCUAGACUCCCCGCGCGGCGGUGCGCCGCCUGCGCCUAGAAAGACAGCGGUCUGGACCGCUAUGACCCCGCCUCAAGGCGCUAUGACCCCGCCUGAUGCUAUGACCCCGCCCCUGGCCUAG